CGCUGUCACCAGGGUGGAGGCUUCCGUCUAGCCAAUCAGAUAGCGGAUGUGAUUUGGAGGGCGGAGCAGAGACGCACGCUUUCUUAUCAUAAAUUAACGAAAAACAGUCCAGCUGCCCGUAACGUACAACUCUAAACAAUUUAACUUCGUUGAAAGACGUCAAAAAGCCAAAAUGUCCGACAAGAAGGCAGUGAUCAAGAAUGCAGACAUGUCUGAUGAAAUGCAGCAGGAUGCAGUGGACUGUGCCAUGCAGGCUAUGGAAAAGUACAACAUUGAGAAGGAUAUCGCUGCCUAUGUCAAAAAGGAGUUUGACAAGAAGUACAACCCCACAUGGCAUUGCAUUGUUGGGAGGAACUUUGGCAGCUACGUGACGCACGAGACUAAGCAUUUCAUCUACUUCUACCUGGGCCAAGUGGCCAUACUACUGUUCAAGUCAGGCUGAUAUCCAAACAUGCCCUCCGAAAACUACUUUUAAUUCAGCCCUUAAUACUUCUGUGCCACGCUGUACAUUUGCAGACAUGCCUACCUCCUGGUUUCCUGCUUGCUUCAGUCUGUUAUUGUUUGCCACCUACAACACUAACACCAUCGGUGGAUGGCGAUUUAGUCAUGCCCGGACUGGUAAUGUACUGCUAAUAGAAAAUUUCAAUUUAAAACUACUGCCCAUUCCAGCACUCUGUCAAGCAUUUUCACAUCUGACAGAAUCAUGAUUCAUAAUUUCCGGAUAUUAUUUUUGCUGUGCAUUGAUGCAUGGACCUUUGUACAUUGUUUCGUAUGAAUAUGUUGUAUAAUAACUUAUUUUUCAUGGAAUUUAAACAAGCAGCAGAGUUUUUUGUUGAAAUGCCUUUUUAAUUUUCAGUAUUGACUGAGAUUGAAUAUAAAUUCCAAGACUGUUGCUUACUUAAUAAAGAAAAUUACAUGCCAAGAAACUUAAAGUUUUGUACAUGCUUGAACAUUCCUGUUUCCACUUCAGUUGUGAAUCUUUACAAUGUUAGUGCUGUAAAUCUCUGGAAUGUAAUUUAGUGUGCAGUUUGGUAUUGUGAUAUUUUCAUGUUGAGCACAAAACAAAUUUGACACAGUAAAUUGGUUCAAAAUGUG